AUGGCUACAUCACACAGUGACAAUUGGAAGGAACUUCAUUUUCAACAAGGUUCAUGCAAAAUUAUUUUAAAACCAGGAGAUCUCUUAGAUGAAAAAGAUGUUGAUGUACUUGUUAUUCCAACACCAGAAGGUGGAGUGAAUUCGGAUAAUUUUCAACUCUUCAAAUCUAUUUACUCUACGGUAGAUCAGCAUGAUAAGACACAAAUUAAUAGAGUUUGUUCUGAUUUAACACUUCUAAAACCACAAGUCGUUUUGAGCAGUAGUCGUAAAUAUAUUCUUGCAGUUCCACCAUAUGUUGGUAAUCUUAGUGAAGCUCGCAAAUUAUUAACAAAAACUUAUACUUCAUGUCUUAAUUUGGCAAUUCAAUAUAACUUUCGAACAAUUGCUUUUCCCACUAUUGGUUGUGGUGUCAUUGGAUUUCAAAUAGACGAUGCAGCUCGUAGUGUUUAUUCGGCUAUAGAAAAUUUCUGCCAAUCAAAAGAUGGCAAAAAAAUGGAUGAAAUUCGAAUAGUUAUUUAUGAUAAGAAGAUAUAUAAUGAAUUCAUUGAUAUUUUCAUUGAAACUGAUCAAACCAAAAAAAUAAAAUUCAACUUUGUAACAAUAUCGACGAAAACUUCAAAUCGAUCUGAAAUGUCAUCAACAAGAGAUAAACAACAUGAAACACAACAACCGUCAAAUAAAAAUGCAUCACAAGAUUAUCCCGAUGAUUUUGAUGAUGAUGAUAAACAUAGACGUUCAGGAAGUGGUAUGGCAAGACAAACUUCGAAUCUCAAUCCGCACUCUCCAGAAUUUCAACCAAAAACUAAUAAUAACAAGCGUGUUCCUCGUCAUUUUCAUCUUAACAAUAAGCAUACAGAAUUAAUUAUAAUUCAAGAAGAUAUUUUAAAAACAAGAGUGGAUGCUAUUGUCAAUGCCGCUAAUGAAAGAAUGAUGGGUGGUAGUGGAGUUGAUGGAGCUAUCCAUGAAGCUGCCGGAAACAACCUUCAAAGAGCUUGUAAAGCUCACAAAGAAAUUUCUCGUGAUGUUCGUUUACCAACUGGUCAUUCACGUAUUUUACUUAGUUAUGAUUUGUUCAACACAACUUACUAUAUCAUUAACACUGCUGGCCCCGAAUAUGAUGAUACUAAACGAGAGAAAUGUAAAAAAGAUUUAACAUCUUGCUAUAAAACAUCACUAGCUUUAGCGAAUUUAUAUGAUCUUGAAACGAUCGGUUUUACUGCUAUUAGUUGUGGUAUAUACGGAUAUCCAAUUGAUGAAGGUGCUGAAGUUGCACUUACAACAGUUGAUCGUGCAGCUGGUACCAUGGAUAAAAUUUUCUUUGUAUUAAAAGAUGAUGAUAUUUAUGAUGCAUGGAUUAAAAAAGCUGAGGAAUUACAGUUCACUCCACUGGAUGAGAGAAUUGCAUCAACACAAGCACAUCCGAAUAAUCAAAAGACGAUUGAAAAGUCAAUUACAAACAAUCCAUCGACAUCAAAUACUACAAAAGCAGCACUUAAAGAAUCAACUGGCACGAAAUCAUCUAGCAAAUCACUACAAGAUUCAAAUGAAAAAUCUGAAAGUGAAGAAGACACGAACAAGGAAAAACAUGAUAGUUCAUCGAAGAAAAGUGAACAAAAAAACAAGGAAAGUGGAGAACCAACUUCGAAUAAUUCUUCUAAGACUAAACAAGGUCAAAAUAAUAAGCAAGGACCACCAUCUCCAGCAGCUUCAAAGAACACAAACAAAUCAAUAGGAUCAACCGGUAGUCCACAGAAUCAAAGAAAAUAG